AUGGCAGUGGUGACAACCACGCCGCCAGUCGUGACAACCACGCCGCCAGUCGUGACAACCACGCCGUCAGUCGUGACAACCACGCCGCCAUCAGUCGUGACAACCACGCCGUCAGUCGUGACAACCACGCCGCUCAGUCGUGACAACCACGCCGCCACUGACCUAGUCGGACUGUGGCCUCUAAACUCACAGUACGGAGCAUCAGACACAACAGGAAACGGAAAUGACGGAGUAGCAAGAGCAACCAAGUUAGCCCCUGGCCCAUAUGGAGACCCUAACGGCGCAUUCCUGUUUUCGGGGACUGCAAAUUCCUACUUAGACAUUCCCAACAAUGGCAAGCUGGAUGUGAAGUACUCCUACACCAUACUGGCCCACAUAUAUCCUACAGGUUGGGCCGGGCCAGUCUUCAACUACGUCGGGACUCACAAUCAAUGGGCGGUACAUCUUUGGCAAACAGCUCCACAGGAAUUGUUCAUGAGGACGGUCGGACGAGAUGGAUUUUUCCCAAGGUUCGUCAUUGCGAAAGUGCUGCAGCAGAACGCUUGGAACUACGUUGGCGGAACCUACGACAGUUCCAAGAGGGUUGCAACUCUCUGGAACAACGGUCAAGCGGUCGGAGAGAAGAUUAUCUGUAAAGUCCCGUCGGUUGCCACUCAGUACCCCAUCCGGGUUGCGGUGAGGGACGGAGACGGUCGGUACUUCGCUGGCCGGAUAGCUUGUAUCCAGCUGUACGACUACGCCAUGACUCAAGAACCGAUCAACGCGGCAAGGGACAGGUGUUGGCGUAGAGGUUUUUAA